GCAUGGACUUUGUAGCAGAAACAGAACUGAAGAAAAGGUUAUUUAUGUAGGUCUCAGCUUCAAAAAGAAAAAAGAAAAAAAAUAUACAAAAAUGGUGAGACUAAGCAGAACGCUUAUGAAGGAAGCAGGAAAUGGCCUCAUCAACAAGACCCUCUCUCAGAUACUCGUCUGCCCACUUUCCAAACAACCCUUGAGAUUGUGUGAGGAAACCAAUUCUCUCAUAAGCGACGCCGUUGGUGUAUCCUUUCCUAUAAAAGAUGGGAUCCCUUGUUUAGUUCCAAAUGAUGGAAAAAUACUAAAACUUGAAGACACCCAAAAACUUGAAGAUACCCAGAAUGAUCUCUGAAGAGUGAGUCAUAAAGAAGAGGCAGUUCCUGAGGAUGAAUUGUGUAAAUUUCAGAUGUUUUUGCAUCAUUAGGGAAAUACCCAUGUUGGAAUUUGUCCAAAUUUUCUCCAAGUGUAUCACUUUCUGACAAUUAUAUAUCCAAUUUGUGUUGUUUGCCCAA